CAGCUCGGGACUGAGGGGUAGCUCGGGACUGAGGGGUAGCUCAAGACUGAGGGGUAGCUCAAGACUGAGGGGUAGCUCAGGACUGAUAGGUAGCCCAAGACUAAGAGAUAGCUCAGGCAGGUUGAUGGCUCUGGCGGAUCCUGGCUGACUGGCGGCUCUGGCGGAUCCUGGCUGACAGGCGGCUCUGGCGGCUCAUGACAGACGGGAGGCUCUGGCGGCUGGUUAGAAAGCAUUAUUUUGGGAAAAGUGAAAGUAAUCAACUGGUCUUCGGCACUAUGAUGAUCUGAAUCAGGUGUUUCACGGCAGAGCGGGGACAACGAUCUGCUGUAGUACUGUAGUAGUACGAUCUGCUGUAGUACUGUAGUAGUACGAUCUGCUGUAGUACUGUAGUAGUACGAUCUGAAUCAGGUGUUUCAUGGCAGAGCGUGUUGGGGUGGGGAUACUGUCACGCCCUGGCCUUAGUAUUCUGUGUUCUCUUUAUUAUGUUGGUUAGGCCAGGGUGUGACAUGGGUGAUUUAUGUGUCUUGUUUUGUCUAGGGGUUUUGUAGUCUAGGGGUUUUGUAGUCUAUGGGUUUGUGUUCGGUGUAGUAUUCUAGGUAAGUCUAUGGUUGCCUGGAGUGGUUCUCAAUCAGAGGCAGGUGUUUAUCGUUGUCUCUGAUUGGGAACCAUAUUUAGGCAGCCAUAUUCUUUAGGUAUCUUGUGGGUGAUUGUUCCUGUCUCUGUGUUCCUUUGUUCUAACCAGUCAAAUGUUUUUAUUCACUGUAGCCUUGGUUCUCUAAUUUGAAAGAUGAACACUCAUUUAUAAACAGGAAGGAUACUGCGCUGACACAUAGCAAUGUAUUUAUUCACACUGCGUAUGAACACAGCUGCACCGUCACACAUGCAGCAGAGUAACAGGCAUGUCGUUCCGUUAUAAUGCUGAUGUUGUUCUGAGUUACUGUAUGAAUGGGUACCCAUUGAAGUAAUUCAGUUCAUAUGUUUAUAUGUCUCUGUACUCAUCAAAUGGGAUAUUCUUUUGGAAAACAACAUCUGUAUGGUGCCUGAAUUCUCCCAGCCUGUGGUAUUGAUUGGUAGAGGUUAGCAAAGGGUCUGAAUACUUAUGUAAAUAAGGAAUACCUAUAUUUCUAAAAAACUGUUUUCUCUUUGUCAUUAUGGGGUGUUGUGUGUAGAUUGAUGAGGAUUAUUUUUUAUUUAAUCCAUUUUAGAAUAAGGCUGUAAAAUUUUGAAAAAACGGAAUGGGUCUGAAUAAUUUCUGAAUGUGAGUCUGGGAGUUUCACAAUCAACUGCAAACUCACUCUGCUGUCUGCCCUAAUCUGAACUCACUCUGCUGUCUGCCCUAAUCUGAACUCACUCUGCUGUCUGCCCUAAUCCGAACUCACUCUGCCGUCUGCCUUAAUCUGAACUCACUCUGCUGUCUGCCCUAAUCUGAACUCACUCUGCUGUCUGCCCUAAUCUGAACUCACUCUGCUGUCUGCCCUAAUCUGAACUCACUCUGCUGUCUGCCCUAAUCUGAACUCUCUGCUGUCUGCCCUAAUAUGAACUCACUCUGCUGUCUGCCCUAAUCUGAACUCUCUGCUGUCUGCCCUAAUCUGAACUCACUCUGCUGUCUGCCCUAAUCUGAACUCACUCUGCUGUCUAAUCUGAACUCACUCUGCUGUCUGCCCUAAUCUGAACUCACUCUGCUGUCUGCCCUAAUCCGAACUCACUCUGCUGUCUGCCCUAAUCUGAACUCUCUGCUGUCUGCCCUAAUCUGAACUCACUCUGCUGUCUGCCCUAAUCUGAACUCUCUGCUGUCUGCCCUAAUCUGAACUCUCUGCUGUCUGCCCUAAUCUGAACUCUCUGCUGUCUGCCCUAAUCUGAACUCCCUCUGAACAGGAUAUAGAGGGUGCCUCCCUAAUGCACCCUUCCCACUUUAUAGUUCACUACUUUUGACCAGAGCCAAUUCUACAGAAACAAUAACAGUGGCUGUCUUAAAAAGACUUCCUCAUUUAUGUUUUGAUUCUGAAACGGAAACACAUUCUAAGCUUCCAGGGUCAAGAAAAUGUUAGGGUGCGUCCCAAAUGCCUGUAGGCCCUGAGCAAAAGUAGUGCGCUAAAUAGGGAAUAGAGUUCCAUUGGGAACUACACCCUGUCAGUGUGUUGUGAGGGCAUAUCUCUAUGCCUAACCAUGCUGUACCAUGCUUUACUAUUAGUCUCCACAUUAACUGUGUCGUUUAGCUUCUUCCUUGUAUACAAAGUAGCAGUUCUAGAAGACGACAUCAACAAACUCAGAGGAGAUAUUUCAAACCUAAAGCCACAUUCUAAAGAAUCCCCAGACGGGAUGAUGACUGGCAUGUCCAGAACAUGGGAGAGAUCAAAGCAAGUGGCUUCCCUAAAUUCCCAGCAACAGAGACAGACAGAGAAAGACUCUCAGACUCUGUGUUCCUCGACAGCAUCCUCUCUGAGAAUGAAACGGGAGCAGGCCGGCUGUAGUGGAGGUACAGUAGUAGUUCAGCAGUCGUUUCUGCAGCUGUCAGCCAACACAAAGGAACAGCCAUUUGUCAGAGGAAAUGUGACAGUGAUUCCUUGGAUAGUUGCCUUGCAUCAAGGGGAGGCCAUCUCUUCCACUGGAGACAGAAUCAUCAUCCAACAAGAAGGCUUCUUCAUAGUGUUUGGCCAGGUGUUGUUCCAAAGUCCAGGCACCAUCAUGGGUCACAUAGUGCGUAGUCGAGGAACCAAUCAGAGAUCCACAGAGCUGCUCCGCUGUCUACAGGAGAUGCCCCAGACCAACUGUGCCAAUACCUGCCACACUGGAGGCAUGGUGAAGCUGGAGAGAGAAGACGAGUUGGAGCUGGUGAUCCCAGAUCGACCCCAAGCCCAGGUCUCCAUGGACGCAGACUCAACCUUCUUUGGCAUCAUACGGCUGAACUGACUACCAGGAGACAGAAGUCACCAGCAGGAGGUGUGGGACUUGAUGUCAUGAACAGGAUGAUGUCCUCCUCUGACAGGAUGAUGUCCUCCUCUGACAGGAUGAUGUCCUCCUCUGACAGGAUGAUGUCCUCCUCUGACAGGAUGAUGUCACUAGUGGAUGUCCUUCCCUGACUGGAUGAUGACCUCCUCUGACAGGAUGAUGUCUUAUUGUUGUACCAACUCCACAGCUUUUACACACAGCAGAGUUUCAUCCAUGGAGAGUUUCAUCCAUGGAGAGUUUCAUCCAUGGAGAGUUUCAUCCAUGGAGAGAAUCAUCCAUGGAGUGUGGAAGAUGGCUGGGAGCAGAAAUGUUAUUUUUCUGAACUAUUUUAAUAUGAAUAAUCUGACAAUAUGAAAUCGACCUUGAAUGCUGUUGUGCUGAGUACGGGUGGUGUACAGCGUACAUUAAAUGUUUGGUUUCCAAAUGUGUCGAUAGUUGAAGUGUAAUAAAGUAUUCUGGUUGUCCUGAUCCACCUGGUUGGUUGUGUGCCACGCAUCAUCAACGUAGGGUUCUUCCUCUGUGUGUGUGUGUUCUGUCAUCACAGAGUAUUUCUGUGUGUUUGUUGAUGUAGAUGUCUCUAGUGGAUGUCCUCCUCUGACAGGAUGAUGUCCUCCCCUGACUGGAUGAUGUCCUCCCCUGACUGGAUGAUGUCCUCCCCUGACAGGAUGAUGUCUCUAGUGGAUGUUCUCCUCUGACAGGAUGAUGUUCUCCUCUGACAGGAUGAUGUCCUCCCCUGACAGGAUGAUGUCUCUAGUGGAUGUCCUCCUCUGACAGGAUGAUGUUCUCCUCUGACAGGAUGAUGUCCUCCCCUGACAGGAUGAUGUUCUCGUCUGACAGGAUGAUGUUCUCCUCUGACAGGAUGAUGUCCUCCCCUGACAGGAUGAUGUCCUCCCCUGACAGGAUGAUGUCCUCCCCUGACAGGAUGAUGUCUCUAGUGGAUGUCCUCCUCUGACAGGAUGAUGUCUCUAGUGGAUGUCCUCCUCUGACAGGAUGAUGUCUCUAGUGGAUGUCCUCCUCUGACAGGAUGAUGUCCUCCCCUGACAGGAUGAUGUCCUCCCCUGACUGGAUGAUGUCCUCCCUGACUGGAUGAUGUCCUCCCCUGACUGGAUGAUGUCCUCCCCUGACUGGAUGAUGUCCUCCCUUGACAGGAUGAUGUCCUCCUCUGACAGGAUGAUGUCCUCUUCUGACAGGAUGAUGUCCUCUUCUGACAGGAUGAUGUCCUCUUCUGACAGGAUGAUGUCCUCCCCUGACAGGAUGAUGUCUUAUUGUUGUACCAACUCCACAGCUUUUGCACACAGCAGAGUUUCAUCCAUGGAGAGUUUCAUCCAUGGAGAGAAUCAUCCAUGGAGUGUGGAAGAUGGCUGGGAACAGAAAUGUUAUUUUUCUGAACUAUUUUAAUAUGAAUAAUCUGACAAUAUGAAAUCGACCUUGAAUGCUGUUGUGCUGAGUACGGGUGGUGUACAGCGUACAUUAAAUGUUUGGUUUCCAAAUGUGUCGAUAGUUGAAGUGUAAUAAAGUAUUCUGGUUGUCCUGA